UUGUUAUGAUAUAUCUGAAUAAUAAUCGAUUCGAUUGAAAAACUUGUUUGUUAAGCAAAUUACGUCGAUCAUAUAAUCAAUGUAAUUAGCUAUUGUUAAAUAUGUACAGAUGCAUGGAUGUAUAUAUGUAUGUAUGUAUGUAUAUGUAUAUAUAUAUGUAUUUAUAUGUGUAUGUACGUAUGGAUCGACGUAAAAUUUCUCAUCCAAAAAAUAAAAAGAAGUAUACAUAUAAGAGAUACAAAGUAUAGUAUCUAUAUAGUAGUUGGUAAGUCGAUUAAGCCGAUUAACGUAAGAAGAAGAAGCUGGUUUUGCGAUGAUGCAAGAACUCGGCCGAAUGUCGUCGUAUUACAAGGAAUCAAAGGAGUCAAGGAGAAGGUAGAAGAAAAGGAAUUUCAUUCUCACGAGUAGGAGACUGACGGCAUGGGUCUGCCGCGUUUAUCGUUGAAGAGAUGCUUCCUUUAUGUAUUUUGUUUGACGGGGAUGUUGCUGGUACUUAUGAAUGUACGUCAAAAAGAGAUCUGGCAUGCGAUGCGAUCGGAUCCGGUUCAAGUGCAAUCUCUUCGUGGUCUUGGAGACACGACCAAGUCGCAGAUGAAACAGUAUUGGCCUUUGAAAUCGAAGAAGCCGACGAUACGGAUAAUGCAUACGAUUCGAGAGAUGAUCAAGAGAAAAGACGUAACCGAGAUGAAUUCGACUGGGACGACCAUCUUGUCGGAAAAUUCGAUAGAUUCUUUGGCUCCAUCGAGAAGGCCUUGGUACAUGAAAGGUGGAACGAGAAGACCAUAUCCAGCUACCAAAUCUCGUCGUACUGGUCGAAGAUUGGCACGUUUGUGGCCCGAAGAGGAUACUUACGAUGAUCGUGUGACUAAUCAAUUGAUGUUCGUGCCACCUGAUUACAAUCGAACGGACGAGCAUAGAUUAAAAAAAAUAAUGGUACCCCAUGGUAUGGGAGAGGCCAAAGUCGGUUCGGAUAUUUUCGUCCAACAUCGUUGUCCCGUGAACACAUGUACCAUCGUUCGUGAUAAUCCAGACGAGGCAGAUUUAAUAUUAUUCAAGGAUUACGUAACACAUGUAGGACGAAGACCUCGUAAUCAGGUUUGGAUGCUGUAUUUUUUAGAAUGUCCUUAUCACACGCAAAGCGUAAAAAAUGCUCUUAUCAAUUGGACCGCGACUUAUCGUCGUGACAGCGACAUAGUUGCGCCCUACGAAAGAUGGCAAUAUUACGAUUCUAGCGUCAAACAAAUCUCUCAGACUUUUAAUUAUGCCGCUAAUAAAACGAAAAAGGUCGCCUGGUUCGUUUCAAACUGUCAUCCACGAAAUCAACGAAUGCACUAUGCCAAGGAACUGUCCAAAUACAUUCAAGUAGACAUUUAUGGUGCCUGCGGUACACUGCGUUGUCCUCGGUCACAAUCGCAAACUUGUUUCGAUAUGUUAGACGAGGAUUACAAGUUUUAUCUCGCUUUUGAGAAUUCCAACUGCAAGGACUAUAUAACGGAAAAGUUCUUCGUGAACGGGCUCGGGCACAACGUAUUGCCGAUCGUGAUGGGUGCACAUCCAAACGAUUAUGCAAAAAGUGCACCGUACCGAUCUUACAUCCACGUCGACGAAUUCGAAUCGCCGAAAGAAUUGGCAACUUAUCUUCAUCGUUUGGAUCACGACGACGAACUUUACAACUCGUAUUUUCGAUGGAAAGGCACAGGGGAAUUUAUAAACACGUACUUUUGGUGUCGUGUAUGUGCAAUGUUGCACGACGAUCGUCCAGCGAAAUUUUACAAGGACGUGAACGAUUGGUGGAGGGGCGAAGGUGUAUGCACAACCAGUUCUUGGCGCGAACACGAAAGCUCCAAAAAAGUACGACUAAGAAACACCUGAGAACGUUUUUUAAAGUCUUGAAAGAAAGAAAAAAAUAAAAGAAAAGGAAAGAAAAAACGAAAGAUGAAAAAAGAAAAGAUCAAAACUUCCUAUCGAAAAUUUUUCUAUAAAAACGAGAAGAUGUGUCCCUCCCCCCCCCCUAUCCAAUCGUUGACAUAUGCGAAUGAUCGAUCUAUCGUAUCGAAUCGAUCAUUUUGAGAAAUUUUAUUAAACGAAUAAAUUUUCUCUAAAGGAAUCGGACGAUAUUUCACGUAUUAUGGAUAAAAACUCGACGAGUUUUUAUAAAUUCGUCCAAGAUCCCAAUAAUGUUAUUUUAUAUUAAUAAUGUUAUUUUAUCUGAUAAACAUAUCUACGCCAUGGAUAUUAACGAUUACAAGCCGUUUUUCGUCGUCGUCGUCGUCGUCCUUGUUAUUUUUAUUAUAUAACUUGAUCUCUCUUUUUCUUACUUACUUAAAGUUCUACGUAAUCUUUGGAAGAUGAUUUUAAAAGGGACGGGAAUAAAUCGUAUCGUUAUGAAAAUACCGUCUGAAAUUGGAAUUGUUAACAUUGACUGGUUGAUCUAGCCUUUAAAGUCGAUCAUCAUUCAGUCAAAGCUAAUCGAUCGAAACGAUUUCGAUCAUCGGAGGUUGGAUCGUGUCGUCGAAAGAUUAAUUACAAAUAACCAACUCUAAUCGUAACUCUUUUUGACAUUGUUUUAUUUCUUACGUUGAUUCGUUUUCAUCCGUUUUUAAACGAUCCUAGCUCGAUCGAAUCAUUACGAUGUUUAAAUGAUUCGUUUAAGAUUUUUUGAUACGAUAUAUCUCUCGUGAUCUUGGUAUUAAGAUUUAAUCCGAUAAAAAUAUGUAAGAAUACGUCCGUUUCAAGAAAUCUAGAAUUCAAGAUAUAUAAGAUUUACCAGAUUGAUAUGGUGUAUCUAGAAAGGAAACAAACUGAGAUAAUUUAUUAUAUAAGUGUGUACAUAUAUAUAUAUAUAUAUAUAUAUAUAUAUAUAUAUAUAUACACACACACACAAUAUGAUUUGAAUUACGUUAACUAGAUUACAACAAUUUAGUCCAACGAACUUGAGAAAAAAAGGAAAGAAAAAAGGAAAAAAAAAAGAAAGAAAAAGAGGAAAAGCAAAAAAAAAAAAUAAAGAAAUCUAACUUAACGGAAAAAUUUCUAUACCGUCGGGUUUACUUUGAUAAGCGAUAAGGGGUAUCGUCGCUUUUCUUCUAGGUUCCUACGAUGUUAAUCAUAUAUACUGUGCGCACAAGCAGCUUAGGUAUUAGAACAAAUGACGCCGAAUACGUGACUAAAAUAGAUGUACCAAAGUGAUCUACCAAAUAUUGAAGAAAGCAGCACGACAAAUUCUAGUACCUUUGUCUUGGUAAAAAAGAAAAAAGAAAAAAAAAUGAAAAGAACCAAAAAAAUUGAACAAAACCGAACGAAAAAAAAAUACAAAAAAAAAAACCAUAGCCUCAUUUUACAAAAAUAAUAAUGAAGAGUAACGCCGACGAUAGUGCUUGCAUUUUAGUACUCAAUGAUAUUUUAAUAGUAACAUUUCUUUGUUAUCGUUAUUUAGUAUUCCAUUUUUAUUGUAUUUUUAUUCUCGUUGAUUCGUCUUUCUAAUAACUUUAAAAAUACUGUCUCUGUUAAUUUAAUUGUUAUUCAACAAUUAUAUAUCAUCGUAUCUUCAUACAAAUAUGUAACAUCGAAAAAUCCCAUCGAGUUUUGUUAAGUAGUAGUAAUCGAUAGUCCAUCGAUAGUAAUAAUAGAAAUAGUAGUAGCCGGUAUAUAGUAGCCAUUAUAAAAAAAAGAAUUUCUUUUAUUGAUCGUUUAUUUUGAUCAGAGAAUCAUUUUUUUAUUUUAUCCUUUUUCCUCUCGUAAAAUUGGUGCUGCUUUAUAAUUGGUGCUGAUAUGUAUGGCGUAUGUAUGUAUGUAUGUAUGUAUGUAUGUAUGUAUGCACGCAUACAUGGAUGUAUGUAUGUAUGUAUGUAUGUAUGUAUGUAUGUAUGUAUGUAUGUAUGUAUGUAUGUAUGUAUGUAUGUAUGUAUGUAUGUAUGUAUGCAUGUAUGUUUAUGGAAAAGAUACAAGCGAUGUGUAAGAAGAGGAAUAAAAAGAGGGGAAAAAAAAUAAAAAUAAAGAAGGAAACGAGAAAAAUAACAACAAAAUUGAAAUUCAUAGAGCGUAUACAUUUUUGCGAUUAUUUAGUGUAAUAAAUAACGCGAUGUUACUAUUUAAUAGGAUAAUUAUUUAUCAGAGUGAUCAAUCGCUGUGAGAGAGUAUUAGAUAGGAUGAUUAUUUGUAUAUACAUAUUUAAUAAUAGCUCGUACAUACGCGGCUGUCGUUUUAAUCGUUGUAUGUGAGAAGUAAAACAAGAACAAAAAAAGAAAAAAGACGGAAAGAAAAUUAAAAAAAAAAAAAAAAAAAAAGAGAGUAAAGAAAAAACAAAAGCAAAAAACGAAUGAACAUCUAUAAUAAUAAUUAUAGGAUUAAUAAUUGUAUCUAACGUAGAAAUACGUUGUCGUAUUGUAAGUAAAUAUGUGGAAUUUAUCGUACGACGAACAUCGAUCGAUAUUAUCAUCUCUUCUCGUUCGUUUUCGUAUUUACACACGUCGAAAUCGAAUUGAUAAUUGCAUAAUUUCUUAGACUUUUCAAAGACAUGCUAUUUAUCUCUGUCAGUAUUCUUCUUCUUCUUCUUCUUCUUCUUCUCUUACAUUCGGCAAAAAAUUUAUUUCGUGACGCAUUUAAGUAGAUAAAUAAAUAGAUCGAUUUUCUUAUCGCUAUCGUAUAUGCAGCUUACGUUCGUGAAAGAAUUUUUAUUUUCUUCUUCUUUUUAAUUCAUUAAAAGAACGUAGGUACGAUGCGCUCCUAAAUAAGAAAUAUAAAAAAAGAAAAAAAAAAACAAAAAAUAAUAAAAAUAAAAAUAAAAAAAGAAAUAAAAGAAAAAACGGAAAAAAGAAAAAAGUACGUCAAAGUUUAAUUUUAUUUUUCUUCGGUAAGUUCUCACUCGACUUUAACAAUUUUAUUCGAGUCUGGUUACUCGAAUCUUGCACGAGAGAUGCUUUGGAGUUAAAAUUGUUUAUUCAAUCAAAUCGAUCGAUUAUGAUCUUUAUAUGAUUAUAAAUCCAAAGCAGUUAAUGUUAUAGAUAGUAUUGGAGUAUAAAUCGAUAUAUAUAUAUAUAUGUAUGUAUGUAUGUAUGUAUGUAUGUAUGUAUUAUGUAUGUAUGUGUGUAUGUGUAUGUACGUAUGUAUGUAUGUAUGUAACAUUCGUAUCAAAUUUAGACUCUGCUCUCAAAUCGAACCGACCGUAUUUUCUAUCGGAUCUUUUACAUUGAUUGCAUUAGUUUCGAGAUCGUUCUCGUUUGUAAAUAUCGUCCAACGAUCGAUACUAUUUGUACGAUUCUUCAUAACUUAAAAAACCAAUUCACAUUUUUAUCUUGAUAUUAACGAAUCUAAAAAUACCUCGUGCUCGAUCUAUUUAAUGGGCAAUCGAAAUUUAUCAGAAAUUACGAUCGGUUUUGUUAACGAAAGAGACUGUGUUCCACGCAUUUCAAUCAAAAGAAAGAAAAAAAAGAAACGAAAAGAUAAAUUGUUGGAUCGCAUCUAGAUCAUUCUCGGUGCGAACGAAUGAAAAUUCGAAAGAGAGAGUCAUCGUAUAAAUAUUCUGUGAAUAUUAGAAAAACGUAUAUGUAUUUAAUCGUAAUUAAAAUUAAUUGUAUUAAUCGCGAAAUCAUGAUAUACCGUUUUACGUUAGUAUUUUAAAAGACGAAUAGACUGUAACAGCCUUGGCAGCCUUUGUCCUUUUGUCUAUGUACAUCUAGCUAAUCGCUCAUAAUCUCUGCGUUUGAACUAAAGAAAAGUGAAGUUUUUUCUAAAAUUGCAAUUUCCUUUUCUUUCGCGUACAUUCAUUUUCUUGUAUCCAUUUGUAUUAUUAAUAUAACUUUGUUGUGCGCGAAUCCUGUCUCUGGGAAUAAAAAAGGAUAUUGUUCUUAA